CGCCCUGCGCCUCCGAUGGCGACCCCCGAGGCGUUUCCCCUCGGCGUCCCGGGCGAGCCGGGGCCGGAGCGGCGCGGGGCCGGGCUGCUGGGCUCCGCCCCCGGCCGGAACCGAGGACGCCACUCCGGGACGCCUUGGGCCGGGUUAUUCCUGUCCUUGCUGCUAGAUCCGCCUUCGUACCCUCCCUGCCCAGAGCCUCCCUCCCUCCCUCCAGUGUUCUGGGUGGCAAGGGUUGCCCGCAGACUUCCAGCAAGUUCCUCCAGCCUUUCGGCACUGCUGAGCCCUCCGCACCCCCCUCGUCCCCGUGAGCCCCAGGCCCAGUCCCUGUGUCCGUUCAGUUUCCCAGGCGGCAAGAGCGAGCCUGCUGACCGCGACGUGGUGCACACGGCCUUGAGGGAGACCCAGGAGGAGCUGGGCCUGGCCGUGUCGGAGGAGCAGGUGUGGGGCCUCCUGCACCCCGUGUUUGACCAGAGUAAGGCCUCCGUGGUGCCAGUGCUUGCCAGCGUGGGUCCUUUGGAUCUGCAGAGCCUCAGGCCUAACUCCAAGGAGGUAGAUGAGGUGUUUGUGCUGCCCGUGGACCAUCUGCUGCAGACGCGGAACCAGGGCUAUACUCACUUCUGCCAGGGAGGUCACUUUAGUUACACACUUCCGGUCUUCCUACAUGGACCACACCGAGUCUGGGGGCUCACGGCCGUCAUCACUGAGUUCACCCUGCAGCUGCUGGCUCCCGGCACCUACCAGCCCCGCCUUGUCAGCCCUAAGCCCCCCAGAGACUGACGCUUGGCACCUCUGCGGCCACUGACUUUGCCCUGCUAGGCCCCUCUGAGAUGGAAUAAAGCCUUUGACAACUCUGA